UCUGAUGAACAUCAAGUAUAAAACUAAAGAACAUAAAGCUUAUUCUCAGUAUCAUUCGAUCCCAAUAAAAAAAUUCAUCAACUACAAUUUCACUCAACUAAAUAUAUUUCCGAUUUUCAAAUCCAUCAUUAGAAGGGAACCUCUAAGAGGUUCCUUUAACGAAAAAAGAAAAGAAAAAAAAAGAUCUAAGUUCAUAGCCUUUGUAUUUAGAAAAUAAAUUUGACAACAACCUAAAAAAAAAAUAAAAAUAAGAAAAAUAAAUGUCAGCCGUCGUUGUUUGGUAGCACAUAUAGCAAAUAAAGCUUUGUCCUCACUUCCAUGAUGAUUCUACAGUCUUAGGAAACCGCAAAUCAAAUCAAACAAAAUUUCCUUAAACUCUACUUUAACAACCCCUUCAUAUAACAUCAACCUGCAGAAUUUUUCCAACUUUUCUUUAUUUAUUUACUUGUUAAACCAAAAUAAAAUAAAAUAAGAAAACCCAGAAAACAAAACCAACAAACUAAAAUGAGUGAUCCAUCACACUAUCAUAUAGAACCUCCAUCACUAGGCGAGCAACAUCCCGGUCACUACAAUCUGAGCAUGUUAUACUGCGGAUUCUUCGUCGUCGUGACGGCUGGACUUGUUUUAGCUAUCUAUCAUUGUUUAGCACUUAACUGGUGCACUGACUACCCGUCCUCUACUUGGUCAAGAAACAGGGAAGUCAUCGGAACUGCUCCGAAGCAGUUCAAUGGUCGGAAGAUUGUGGAAUUGGAUUCAAAUCUAUAUAAGUACAAAAACAGUCUACCAGAAGAAGGUGACAGUAGUUGCUGUGAAGAGUGUGUAGUUUGUUUGUCAGUGUUUGAAGAAGGGGAAGAUGUUAGGGAGUUGGUUAGAUGUAAGCACUCUUUUCAUGCUCCUUGUAUUGAUAUGUGGCUUUAUUCGCAUUUUGAUUGUCCGCUUUGUCGAGCACCGGUGGGUGGUUGUGGUGGCGGAGACAUCGGUGUUGCUCGGUCUGAGAAUAAUUCAGGUGCAGGUUUAUCAGAUUCAGGUGCUCUUCCUGUAUAAUUAUUAUAGAUGUCUUGGUUUUCUUCUUUUAUGUGCUCAAGUUUAGUUUUGUUUUGAUUUUAAAUAUGUAGUUAUCUCUUCUUGUUGUCUUAGUUGUGUAGAGAAUGUUCAAAUUAGACAACUAGACAAGUAGUGUUGUCAUUAAGCCAUAUACUUCAAUCAUACAAACUUGGAAAAUUAUGGAUGAAUUUGAAUUCCUUCUAUAUUAUUGGAUUCCAUUCCACUUUAUACCUUAAGAAGUAAAGUAAUACACAAAGGGUUACUAAUUUGAUGGCAAUUUUUGUAAGAAAAAAUACAUCUAUUAUUCUAUUAGUUGCAAUGUUACAUCUUACAAGAGGUUUAUUUUUACAA